CUCCCACACUGCUUCCGCCUUUAGCAGGUUUUGGCGUACUACAGGGGAGGAGAUUCCCUCCCGCCGACAGGUUGCUGUCAUUACAGACACCAUGUUAUCCUACUCCCGGUGUCUCACCCGGAACUUCGGUCGUUCUCUCUCGGUCUUUCGUCAGGGAAUCAAUGUGUCUGCACGGCGGGCUGUGCCAGGAUUGUCAGCUAGCUGUAGUGUCACUGUCAAUAACCCUACGAAAUGUGAGGCCAGGUCCAGCAUCUUCCAAAUCAGAUACUUCAAGACAUCUGUAGCUUGCAGGAAUGAAGUCAUCACAGUAAAGACACCUGCAUUUGCAGAGUCUGUCACGGAGGGGGAUGUGAGGUGGGAGAAAGCGGUUGGUGAUUCUGUCAAAGAGGAUGAGGUGGUUUGUGAAAUUGAGACGGACAAGACAUCCGUGCAGGUGCCGUCUCCUGCUGCUGGGGUGAUUGAGGAGCUGCUGGUCCCUGAUGGGGAGAAGGUCGAGGGAGGACAGGCUCUCUUCAAACUCCGGAAAGGAGCUGUUGCUGCCCAAGCUGCAGAGGCCCCAGCAGCAGUAGUAGCCACUCCUCCACCCCCCCAUGAUGCAGCCACAACGCCCUCUCCUUCUCCCUCUGCAGUGGGCCCCAUCCCUACCACUAUGCCCCCAGUGCCACCCGUCCCACGAGCUGCCAUCUUUGCCACACCAGUUUCAGCCAUCAAACCCACUGCUGCUCCUGCUGCCCCAGCCGCUGUCACAGAUGGAGGGGGUAAACCAGUCAGGACAGAGCACAGGGUGAAGAUGAACCGUAUGCGUCUGAGAAUCGCCCAGAGACUGAAGGAAGCCCAGAACACCUGCGCUAUGUUGACAACAUUUAAUGAGGUCGACAUGAGCAACAUCAGUGAGAUGAGGAAGGCCUACAAAGACGCUUUCCUGAAGAAACACAACAUCAAGCUGGGCUUCAUGUCUGCAUUUGUCAAGGCUUCAGCAUAUGCUCUGAUGGAACAGCCUGCCGUCAACGGAGUCAUUGACGACACCACCAAAGAGAUUGUGUACAGGGACUACGUGGACAUCAGUGUGGCUGUAGCAACACCAAAGGGCUUGGUGGUGCCUGUCAUCCGUGGAGUGGAGGGAAUGAACUUCGCUGACAUUGAGAAGACCAUCAACGAGCUGGGGGAGAAGGCUCGUAAGAAUGAGCUGGCCGUGGAGGACAUGGAUGGAGGAACCUUCACCAUCAGCAACGGUGGCGUGUUUGGAUCCAUGUUUGGCACGCCCAUCAUCAACCCUCCGCAGUCUGCCAUCCUGGGAAUGCAUGGUAUCUUCGAGAGGCCAGUGGCCAUCGAGGGCAAGGUGGAGAUCCGCCCCAUGAUGUACGUGGCUCUGACGUACGACCAUCGCCUCAUCGACGGCAGAGAGGCGGUCACCUUCCUGCGUAAGAUCAAGACUGUGGUAGAAGAUCCCAGAGUGCUGCUACUGGACAUGUGAGCCAGCCUCCCCAGUCAAUGGCUAAACAAACCAACCUACCGCCCUUCACACGCAGCAGCUAUACCUGCCUGAUUAACCUAAACUGCAGACGUUUUGUGUUGGUUAACUAGGAAAAGGGAUACUUGAAUAGACCAAAAGGUGCAUUGGACUUAUUGCAUGGGCUGAAAUUGUAAAAAAAUGUAUGCUAAAUGUUGUGUGUCUGGGGCAGGGAGUGGGUGUUGUACAUCUCAAAGCACCAUUUGCUAUUUUCUACCUACAAUAAUUAUAAUAUAAAUGGCAAAAAGUUGCAUUAAGUAUUUUUCAUGUACUUUUUCUGAGAACAAUUGUAGCCUAUCAGAAGAUGGACUGUGAAAACACUAUAUCCUAAGAUGUUCAUGGUACAGGUUAUUGAUGCUUUGUUACACUGAUGAAGUGUCAGGACCCAGUCAUCUCAUUCACGCACACUUAAAUUCUGUUUAUGCUGUGUAAAAAAACAAAACUAUUUAAAGACAAGAUUUCAAGGUU